AUGUCUAAUAAAGUCAUAUUACAAACAAAAGAAGAUUAUGAUGAAGAUUCAUCUUCAGAUGAAAACAGUGUAAAUUUAUCUUCAGAUAAGAAUAAUGAAAUUUUAAUUUUAGAUACAUAUAGUUUUAUCCAUUUAAGUGUGGGAGGAAGGGGAGAAAUUGAUACUAAAGAUAUUCCUGAAACACCAAAUUUAAGAUUUAGUUUACUUCUUUCACCUUUAUCAUUAAAUUUUUGA